UUUAUCUUCGUGCUACCACCUGCGACAUAGCUCGUUGAUGCUGUUUGAUUGAGCCUAUUUAAACGUUGAAUUUGGUAUUUUAAAGCGAUUAAUAACUGUAUAAGUAGUGUCUAGUCAAAUUGGUACUGUACGUAAACAAGAAAAAGAUGAGUACAGGAGCGGAAAGUGGAUCUCCAACGUUAAACCUCGAAAAAUGUUCCGUUGUCCUGCUUGAUGUAGCCGGUACAACCACUUCAAUAAACUUCGUUAAGGAGACUCUCUUCCCGUAUGUAACGAAACAAGUGGAAGAAUUCUUAAAAGCGCAGUGGGAAGAUGAGGCCGUUAAGGAAGCAGUUAAGGCACUGAAAGACUCUGAACUCGAUCUGGCUGGUGCCACUGCCGCUGUCAAAGAACUUACAGAGCAAAAUAGUGAGAACAAAGGCUUAAAAACCAUUCAAGGACUGAUCUACAAGAAGGGUUAUGAAGGUGGUGACUUAAAAGCACAUGUAUUUUCUGAUGUUCCAACGUCCCUCGAGGCUUGGACUAAAUCACGAAAAGUUGCCAUUUACUCAACGGGAAGUAUAGAAUCUCAACAGUUACUAUUCUCGCACACUGCUGAAGGUGACGUCUCCUCCCACAUUUCCAAAUACUUCGAUCAAAGUGUUGGUGGUAAAACUGAGUCUGAAAGUUAUGAAAAAAUUGCCAAGGAACUGGAAGUGAAAACCGAAGAAAUCGUCUUCAUAACUGAUAGUUCUAAAGAGGCAGAAGCUGCAAAGACAGCUGGAAUAGUAUCUAUUCUUGUGAAACGAGAAGGAAAUGAGGAGAUACCGGAGGAAGCUACAAAGACUUUCUCAGUCAUAUCUAAUUUCAAGGAGAUAGUAUUCGAAAAUUCCGCCAAACGGAAGAACGAAGACGAAACUGUACCCACUGAGGAACAGCCACCUACAAAAGUCGCAAAAACCGAUGAAGCGGAUGACAAAGCGGCUGCCGUCGGUGCACCUGUUGAAGAAACCCCUAAACAAGAAGAAGAAAAGAUGGAAGUCGACGGUCCCACUGAACAGGAACCGGAUACAAAAAAAGAAAAACCUGAAGACAAACCAUCUCAACCAGCAACUGACAAUGAUAAGACUGAAAUGGAUUCCAGUGACGAUAAGACUGAAAAAACCAGCACCACAGAGCAAACAAAACCGGAGAAAGCAGAAGAAACCCCAAUGGAGACUGUAGAAAGCACCGUGGAAGCUGGAAAAGUAGAAGUGGAAGUAAAAGUCGUUAAACCAGAAGAGACUGAAAAGAAAAAAGAAGAGACUGUAUUAAAAAAGGAAGAAUCCAAAGAAGAAAAAGCAGACACAACAGUUGAAACGACUGUAGCAGAGGAAGUAAAGGAGAAAGUUGCAGAAGAACGACAGAGCACUGACGAUGUUGAAAAAAUGGAGGCGGAAGACAACACAGAACCAGCAAGUAAUAAAGAAAGCAAUAAAGAAACCAGUAAAACUGAAACAAAAGAUACUACUGAAAUAAAAAAAGAGGAGAAAGUCGAGAAAGAAAUGAAGGAAGCAGAGGUUAAAGAGGAUAAGAUUAAAGAAACAAAAGAGUCUACCCAUAGUGAAACAAAUGAAGUUGAAAUGAAAGAGGAAAGUGUAAGCGAGAAGAAAGAGGAUAGUGUAAACAAGAAGAAAGAAGAAAAAGCCGAAGAACACGCACAAAAUAAGGUCGAAGAAAAGAAAACCGAAACUACUCCAGUGGAAACGGAAGAAAAAGUAGUGUCAAGUAAUAGUGAUGAAAACAAAGAAAGUUCUAACAAGAAAGAAACCGUGGAAGAAACGAAGCCUGCAGAGGAAAGCUCCGAGGCGAUAGCAGAAUCAAACGGCACAGAAGAGAAGCCAAAGCCGGAUUCUGCAGAGAGUAGCACUUCGAAGUGUGAGGAACAGGUAGAAGAAAAAGCGGAAUCGAGCGAAGCUUGUCCGAAAAAAGAAGUAGCCGAAGCCUCGUCUUCCGACGCCGAAGCGAAACCCGAAACGAGUAAGGAUGAAAAAGAGAACAAAAGCGAACUGGCGAACGGAGUGGAGAACGGCAAAGUAGAGGAAUCCGAGGUGGUAAACGGUGACGUUGAGGAGAAACAAAACGGAGACGCAAAAACCGAAGAGUCCGAUAACAAGGUAGAAGACAUUAAAGUUAAAAAGAUCGAGGAAACCCCAGACAGUACACCCGCUGUGAGUGUAGAGGUGUAACUAUUUGUUCCAUAUAAUAUUUAUACAGGUUAAAUGUAAUGUAACAUUUGUAGUGUUCAUUUUUUAUUUAUUACAACACAAAACACUAAUGCUUGUUUGGUUACAGUUAGAGGUUCUUUUAUUUGAAUAGCCUUAGUUCUUAUUUUACUCGUAAGACUUUAAAUAAUACUCAGUACUUCUUGUUGUGAUCGAAAUUGUUCCUGUUAGGUUUUGUAAAAAUUCGUUUCUUCCGAAGUAAGUGCCAAUUACAUUAAAUUUGACUAAGACUGGACCCAAAGACUGUCUAUCUCACUUUUAUGACAUUCGAUUUUCCUAACUGAAUAUUGGAAUAUUUAAAUUUAUCUAGUUUAUUUCAACAUUCCAUUUAUGCGUACAUUUUAUUUUCUGAUCUGAUGGUUCGCCAAUAACCUUUCAUUCGAAUCCGUAUUUUAAUUUGUGGCGUUUUCGUUCAUGUUUCGUUUGAACUCAUAAAAUUGUGAUAUGUCGAAAACAAAUUUGGGAUGCUACGUCACACUUUAGUAUGUGUCUCUUGUUUUUAAUUUAUUAUUUAAGCAUUCUGGUGUACAGGCCUAUAGUGUACGGCUGAACAAUUCAUUGUAUACGUUUUAGCACCAAUAAAUUUUGUAGUGUUCUAA